AUGGCAACAGCCGAGCGCCUCCUUCCGGAUGCUGAAGCUGCCGAUGCAGCUGCCGUCACCAUCGAGGAGGUGGAGAAGCACAACAGCCGCAGUGAUGCCUGGAUCGUCUUGAACGGCGAGGCUCUCGACGUAACGAAUUGGAUUCCGCUCCACCCUGGCGGAGAACAAACCAUAUCUGCUUUCCUGGGCAAGGACGCAUCCACGGAGUGGAACAUGAUCCACCAGCCUGGGACCGUUGAGCGGCAUGGACGCUUCGUGAAGAAACUGGGGCGCGUCGCCAGCGUCGACCCUCCGGCAGCGAUGCAGGGAGCGGGUGGCUACGGUUCCGGUGCCAGAGGCUUCUUUCUGCUGAGCUGCUGCCGAAGAAGGAAAGAUGUACCUAUACCCCGAGAACCUGCUCUGAGUAUGAGGGUCCCUAUAGUAUGA